GUCAUAUUUAGCACUCUUCUUCAGUUUAUGUGUGGAUAAAGUAUAGGAUUUCGUCACAUUUAGAAUUUAUGAUUUAUAUAUUUCGGAACGAAAAUACAAAACGUAUGAAAACUAUUAUAAUUCUGGUUACCUUGGUAACGAUGGGGCUGGCAGAGAAGCUGGGCAUUGAUGUGACGUGGACAUGUCCGAGCUUACCCCAGACCUGCAUCAUCCAGCCCUCGCAGACCGUCAAGGUGCAAGACGAGUGCCGGAGGGAUGAGGACUGUCAGCUGAGUGCUAGGUGUUGCUACAUGGGCUGUAUCAGGAGGUGUGUUCUACCUGACCCCUGCGAGAAGGUGGUGUGUAAAGAAGGCUACGCCUGUAUCUCUAGAGAAACUGCAUGUGCAGACAAACCUUGUCAAAGAGAGGCUUCGUGUGUCCCUGAGAAUGACGUCAGAUGCGCGCCGCUCACGUGCGUCACGGAAUUCUGCCCCGCUGGUUUUGAGAGGGUCAUGGACAAGGGAGGCUGUCUGACGUGUCAGUGUCAGGCUAAAAAAGACUGUGGCCCAAGCUGUAAUCUGUUCUGCUCACACGGACAAGCCGUUGACACUGAAGGAUGUCCCGUGUGUCGAUGUAACCCAGAGCCCGAGAAUCCCUGCACCAACAUGACUUGCCCACAAGGACAACAAUGUCGAUUUAUUAAAGAACCCACCUGCGAAAAAGCCCCGUAUAAACCAGCUGUUAUGUGUGUGACAAGACCAACAGUGUUGUAUGACAACUCGUGCAGUCUCAGAGACAGGACGACCGUAGGACUUCCGGUUUUAGCAGACGACCACAAGACGGAAGUCGACUGCUACUCGCAGCACUGCCCGGACGGCACAGUCUGCACGACGUUGGGCAGGAACAUCUCCAGGUGUUGCUGGCAGCAGACACAGCAGAGCGUUCUGACCCCUCCCAAAGCCGGUGAGUGCCCCCAGGAAUACAUGACCGACUACAGCAACAUGAACCGGUCUUGUGAGAUCGACGCCCAGUGCCCGGAUGACCAGAAGUGCUGUCUAAGACUGAUGCAGCCUGGGAUGGUGCGAUUCUACGGCUACUGCCUGCCUCCCGUUCAUAAAGUUCUGGAGUCCUCGUCUAAAGCAUGCACGGGUUCUUCCGCUUUGUCGACUGUCCUACAUUUGUUAGGCUACUGUUAAAUUUAAAUUGAAGGGAAGUCACUUUUAGCUACUCAUAAGGGUCUUAAUUCUACGGUUUAAUUUCAUUUUUUUAACUUCUUGGGUUUGUCUUUAAAAAUAAGUUACUCACCUCUAAGUGUUUAAUUCUACAUAAAGGUUUCAUGAAUAUAUUUUUCUUAUUCUUAAAAACCGUAAAUAUAACUUUAAGGAAAUUCACCACUCUCAUCCCCCCCCCCCCCUGUUACUUAACAUGAACCCGUUACUUGACAUAUACUGGCUAUUAUAAUAUUGUUAUUAUAAAUAUAAGGGCUGUAAAAUCAAGUUUCACAUCAAUUUUAUGUUCUUAUAGUUUUUAAGACACAUUCAAAAUAAGAGAUCAACAUUAUUUGUGUGAAUACUACCUA